UUGGAUGUCACAGGCAUUUGGCGACUAGCUAUCAAAGUAAGGAGUUUUAAGUUAAGCAUUUUAAAUGCAUUUGUUACAUUACAUGCAGUGCAUCCCAGUCUGGUCUUCAGGAACAACUCAUCCAAGCGAGGUAAAACCUCUGUGAACCAGUAACACUACGGUCAGCUUUGAAGAAGGACAUUCAUGACUACUGAAGUACUACAAUGGGAUUUCAUAUUAGCUCCAUGUCCGGAACGGAACUGAAAAACACCAGAUUUCAUCCAGGGGCAGGCGAGGAAAGACAAUACCGAACAGCCCCCAAUUACAACUACAAAUGGACUGACCUACACUGUGAAGCAAGCCGAGGGAACUUUGAAAGGCUGCAGGCCUUGCUCCGUGUUGCAGGUGAGGAUCAGAUCAACAAGAAGGAUUACUAUGGCAAGAGCCCCCUCUACUGGGCUGCCUACAAAGGGCAGCGAGCUUGCAUCGAGUUACUGCUGGAAUACGGUGCAGAUGCCAACAGCCAGUGUAAACACGGGGCCACUCCACUCCAUGCAGUGAUCGGGCUAUUUCCUGACUGUGCUCUGCUGCUCAUACAGCAUGGAGCAGAUGUAGACCUUCCUGACAACUGGGGCGUGACCCCCAUGUACCUGGCUGCCUGCAGUGGACAACUUGAUUGUUUGCGACUGCUGGUCCUCUCCGGAGCAAAAAUCACAUACCGGAACAAGAACACUGGGGAGGCCCCCAAGCAGUUGGCUUCCAUGACCAACUUCCUGUCCUGGAUCGAUGGAUAUCGGAGGAACCCGCCAUCAUUGAAGCAAACAUGCAGGCUGAAAAUCCGCGAGUUUGUCGGCUAUCGGCGACUACAGGCCAUCAGGACAUUUCACAUCCCCCAGUCUCUGAAGAAGUACCUUAUGUUCAAGGACCUUGCAUUGGAAGAUUCUGCUUCAGCGGUUGGUUUGUUGUAACCAUGUUUACACCCCAUGUUUACUUUUCCAUUACCUUACCAUUAGGACACCCUGGCAUUUGAAAGUGCCUGGACACUGCCCCUGCACCUCAUCACUAGUGAGAUUCCAUGUUAAAGCACAACUGAGAAUGCCCUGGCUCAUUCACCUGAUGGAAUUUCAGUUUUAUGAAGCAAUUGUUCGUUUAAAAAAUUGGCUGAUUUAGGAGGAUGCCAAGCACAAGUAGGGGUUCUUUGGGAUGUGGAGUUUGGGAAUUCUGCAAUGGAAGUAAACACUGCAACUCAAUAUGAAGCAAAGAGUUUCAGCAACUGGAAGUGAGACUGACAGUAGUACAUUGUGUUACUUCCUGUUGGUGCAGACACCUCUUUGCUUGCAACAGAUAACGUCACCGCUCCCUGUUCAGAAGCAAGAUAUGUCACCAUAGUUCCCACAUGAAUCUGCUUCAGCUAUUAUCUUCAGUACUUUAUUAAAGUCCACCCUCAUUAUUACGGACCUCUUUAUAACCGAUUUUGGUUAUAACGGACGGAGUGCCCCACGAUAACCAGUGGUCUCUCUGAGAACACAUGCUGCUAGUUACACUGCAGGAAGUCAUUGAAGUGGACAAGCAAUUGUUUCGAUCGAUCGACACCUGUGCAAUGAUACUCUAUUAAACGAUGCAACAAACAGCCUUUAUAGUAUUUGUAGGAAGAACCUACAGAUGCUGGUUUAAACUGAAGACCGACACGGGGUAAUGCUGAGGCUUUAUAAGGUGCUGGUCAGGCCGCAUUUAGCCAUUGUGAGCCAUUUUGGGCACCGUAUCUGAGGAAGGAUAUGCUGGCCCUGGAGAGGGUCCAGAUGAGGUGUACUGGAAUGAUCCCAGGAAUGAGUGGGUCAACUAAUGUUGAGCGUUUGAAGGCACUGGCCCUGUACUUGCUGAAGUUUAGAAGAAUGAGGGGAGACUUCAUUUGGAAACAUACCGAAAAGUGAAAAGCUUGGAUAGAGUGGAUGUGGAGAGGAUGUUUUCACUAGGACUAGAGGUCAUAGCCACAGAAUUAAAGGAAUUUCCUUUAGGAAGGAGAUGAGAAAAAACAUUUUUAGUCAGAGGGUGGUGAAUCUAUGGAAUUAUUUGCCACAGGAAGCUGUGGAGGCCAAGUCAAUGGAUAUUUUGAAAACAGAGAUAGAUAGAUAUUUGAUUAGUAUGGGUGUCAGGGGUUAUGGGGAGAUGGCAAGAGAAUGGGGUUAGGAGGGAGAUAUAGAUCAGCCAUGAUUGAAUGACGGAGUUUGACUUGAUGGGCCGAAUGGCCUAAUUCUGCUCCUACUAUUUAUGACCUUGUGUCACAAAACGCUGGAGUAACUCAGCAGGUCAGGCAGCAUCUCUGGAGAAAAGGAAUAGGCGAUGUUUUGGGUUGAGACCCGAAAUGUCACCUAUUUCCUUUUCUCCAGAGAUGUUGCCUGACCCCCUAAAGUUACUCCACCAUUUUGUGUCUUCAGCCUUUGGUAUUUAUUAGUUUGCAGGAACAAAAACAAAACAUUUUAGCUGUUAAGAGCUUUGCAUUUUGAAAACAAUUUGUUGUGUCACAAAGUGACUGCUAGGUGGUUGGAGUAAAUCCCUCACUCGUUUAAAGUGGACAAUCGGCAAUAACAGACACCAUUCCCCUCUAUAGUCCCUUAUCACAAGGGUUGUUUAAUUUAAUUUAAUAAUUUAUCUUUACUGGCUGUUGGAUUAUAUAAGAUUAUCUAUUCCUCAUCUUAAAGCAGAUGCUCCUUUUAAUCCUGCGUUAAUAUUCUUUUCACAAUGAAUAUUGAUGACAAAACGGCUAGAUAGACUAAGUAUAACACUAAGAGGGAAUCAAACUGUCAAUGAAGGCGAGGGUCUACAUUUUACUUUGAUAUAUUACCUUUUUGAUUUACUUAGUAACGGCUUCCUUCUUCAACCUUAUUUUGCACAUUAUUGAGUACCAUUAGUUGUGAUGGGCCAUAAAUAUCCUGCUUGAUAAUGCUCAUUAAAGGCACCCCUUAUGCUGUUGCUGUUUUAGCUUUGCUCAAACUCAGCUACAACCUUGCCCUGAAUUACUUUUUUGUUUAGUCAGGGUUUUGAGAAUAUUCGAUCAUUUUGCUGGAGGGUUGGAUACAUUCCUUCCCCUGACAGGCUUCAUGCAGCUCACCCCUCCUGCUUUCAGCACGGUGGGAGAGAAAUCCAUCUUUGGUCAGCAGCACUUAAUAUGCACAAGAGCUUUAUCCCUGCCCUUUCCACUGAUAUCAGUGGGACAGCUGGCGGCAGCGGUGAAGUUGCUGGCUGACAGCGCCAGAAACCCGCUUUACAGUUUUAGUUUAUUGUCACGUGUACCGAGAUACAGUGAAAAGCUCAAUCCUGGGUUCGAUCCUGACUACGGGUGCUGUUUGCUAUGGGAGUCUGUACGUUCUCCCCGUGACUGCGUGGGUUUUCCCCGGGUGCUCUGGUUUCCUCCCACUCCAAAGAAGUACAUGUUUGUAGCUUAAUUUGCCUUUGGUAGAAAUAGUAAAUUGUCUUUAGUGCGUUGGAUAGUCCUCGUGCACGGGGAUUGCUGGUCGGCGUGGACUCGGUGGGCCGAAGGACCUGUAUCUGCACUGUAUCUCCAAACUAAACUAAACUGAAUAUGUCAAAGGUAAGUAAAUACAGUGGCCAAUGCUCUCGCAUGUUCACCAGCAGCCACUGUGAAAAUUUCACGACCUAUAUGUUUAUGAAAAUGUUGUGAAAUAAUUUAACUAGAAUUAACAGAACUGAACAGGAUGUGAAAAGUUAGACGGAUGUUUUGAUGAUAUGGUGGGAACAGGUGCUGAGUUGGCGCAAUGCCAGCUAAGAAUUACCCUGUUUAAAAAUCUAAACCAACCACAAAAUGUAUUCCGCCCUUCCUGGAGGUGCUGACGGAUACCAGCAGACUCAGUGCGGUAACAAUUACAGAGAAAUGUGGGCAGGUUCUGUACACUGUAUAGCCAAAAGGUGGUGAAUCUGUGUAAUUCAUUGUCGCAGGCAGUGGUGGUGGCCCAGUGGUAGAACAGCUGCUUCACAGCACCAGAGACCCGGGUUCGCUGCUGACGACGGGUACUGUCUGAACGGAGUUUGCACGUUCUCCCUGUGACCAUGUGGAUUUUCUCUGUGUGCUCCGGGUUCCUCCCACAUUCCAAAGACGUGCAUAUUUGUAGGUGAAUUGGCUUCUGUACAAAAAGUCCCUCGUGUGUAGGAUAGAACUAGUGUACGGGUGAUCUUUGGUAGGCGUGGAUUUGAUGGGCCGAUGAGCCAGUUUUCACGCUGUAUCACUAUAAGCUAAACUAAAACUAUAAGCUAAACUAAACUAAAUUCAUUAGGUGUUUUUAAAAUGGAGAUCAAUUAUUAUUUAUGUACAACCCCUGACAACCGAAAGAUGGGCUUUUGCACAAAUUGCAACUACUUGUGUCCAAUGGUAAGAGGCAAAAUGGCAGCCAUAUCUUCCUUUGAGAUAUGAAUAACUUGCAGUGACUGCUGCAGCCUGUGCGUGUCCCUCAGUAGUGAGUCCAGGACCUAUGAUCGUGGUGGUUUGGAGUAAUUAGCAAUGGACAACACCUUGCUGUGGAAGACCAGGGAGUUUCAGGAAACUAGAGAGGGUCUUUGACUGAGUUGAUGUUUUGACUGAGCUGAUAUUUGUCUCCGUGUGGGGCCUGGGAAUAAACCAUAAAACGCAGUGAUGUUGUGCAACUGUCUAUGACAUGCAGGACAAAUACCUCCCGGACUUUCCUGGCAUAACCACAUUCCAGAAGGGGCUGGGCCUCUAAACCAACCACAGUUCCCUCAUGAAGGCAGCAAGUGUGGCCAAUGUUCCAACCACAUAUGAAAGAUCUGAGAGAAGGGCCUUGCUCACCACCAACCCAGCAGGAUCUCAGUACUUGUUUGAAGCUUUGGGUAAGAUGGCAUUCUGCCACUUGGCUGUAAUAGUCAAUUCUGGGAAACCACACCACACACAUCCACCGUCUCCUUUUGCUGCAGGGUUAAAGACUCAUAGAGUCAUACAGCAUUUAACAGGCCCUUCAGCCCACUCGCCCAUGCCAACCAAGAUACCUACGUUAAUCUCACCUGUCCAACAUUUGACUAAACUUUUCCUGUCCAAGUACCUGUCCAAAUGUCUUUUAAAUGCUGUUAUAGUACCUGCCUCAAUUACGCCCUCUGGUUGCUCGUUCAAUAUGCCCACCACCCUCUGUGUGAUAAAGUUGCCCCUCCGGUUCCCAUAUAAUCUUUCCCCUCUCACCUUAAACCUAUGUCCACUGGUUCCUGCCCUCUCUUGCUUUCUGAACAUUCUUGAUGAUGUAAACCUUCACUCUGCCAGCCCACUGAUCAUGUUCAUAAGUAAGUUUAUGUUAUGGGGGUGGAAAUAGGCCAUUUGGCCCAUCAAGUCCACUUCGCCAUUAAAUCAUGGCUGAUCUAUCUUUCCCUCUCAACCCCAUUCUCCCGCCUUCUUCCCAUAACCCCUGACACCCGUACUAAUCAAGAAUCUAUCAAUCACCACCUUAAAAAUAUCCACUGACUUGGCCUCCACAGCCUUCGGCGGCAAUGAAUUCCACAGAUUCACCACCCUCCGACUAAAGAAAUUCAUCCUUUCUAGCGAGUGCUUCCUUUAAUUCUGAGGCUGUGGCCUCUGGUCCUAGACUCUCCAACAUACAAUACAAUACAAUAUGGUUUUAUUCGUCACAUUGCACAUAGAGUGCAAGUGAAAUGAAUGUGCCAGCAGCGGUACAAUGAUAAAGAACUCACAAUGCACAAUAACAUUUUCACACAAACAUCCACCACAGUAUUCAUCACUGUGGUGGAAGGCACAGAAAUUUGGCCAGUCCUCCUCCAUUUCCCCCUGUGGUCGGGACCUCAACCCUCCACAGCUGUCGCUGCGGGCGUCCAGAUGUGCAGGCAGGUAAACGUCCAGGUAACUCCAGAAACGGCUCUUCCAUCCUCUCCACACCCACUCUAUCCUGGUUCUUCUGUCAGCCAACGGGAAACAGUUGUCAGUGGAGGACGCGAGCUAAAUUCCCGUGGGUUUAGUAGUGAUAUUUUGGAUGUGAAAUAGGAAUGUAUUCUGGACUGGAUUCAAACCGGCCCAUGUGGUUUCGACUGUCACAGAGUACACAGUUGCUGAACACAACACACAAUCUUGCACCGUUUGCCACUCUAAUCAAGAUUUUGGACGUGGCAUUGAGUUUGCCGAAGUCUCUUCCAGAUAUUCCAGCUGCGUCAAUAGUGCGGUUGCAGACACGCCUUCAAUGAGUGGUGCAAUGGUCUCUUUAUUGUCAUGUGUUCCCAGGUACAGUGAAAUACAUAGCUCAACAAGACUAUCACUGUACAUAAACACAAUCGCCCUGGUGAGAACAGAAUGCACAGAACAGCCCACUGAGUCUAUAGGUAAGUGG